AAAUACUCUGCAGUAAAAUUAAGUGUCUGCGUAUAUGUUAUGUCGAGUUCCAAUAGAGAGAGGAGUCCUUCUCAAGAUGCCUAUAAAAGAGGUCGGGGAACGCAGAGUCCGCGUAGCACAACUGCAUCAAUAUCCCAUCCCUCACCGUACGGAAUUCGUAUGCCAAUGACGGCGGCUGCCGCUUACUCAUUACCCUAUUCGACGGCUCAAUACACGACCUCGCCUUAUCAAUCAGAUGUGCCGCAGCCAAGGCGCAGAAUAUCCAUGUUAAACAAUGAAUUUGAAUCACACCGUAUUCUCGAACCGGCUGCCCUGAAUUCGGCCAAAAGGCCGCGAAUGAUGCAGGAUUACACUCAACCUUUACACAUAAAUACACAAUUCGUGCCAAACAUAAAACAAGAACCAGCCUACCAUCCGCAAGUUGAAGCUAUUUCACCGACCCUACCACAAGAUCAGGGAUUUAAAGAUGCCAGGCAAAAUAUUACCAAUCAAAUUAAUAAGGUUGAAAGUCGAAUUCAGGAACUAGAGGCAACAAUAAAGAAAUUAGAGAGCGAUGAGGAGCGUUACAAGGCAGCUGCCUGUGCUCCAGCAGGAGAACGCUGUGAAUCUCCAACCCAAAAACAUCAGAAUCCACUUCACGAUAUUUUAUCGGACAAUAAGCGAAAAGCAGCUAAAUCACAUCAGCUUAUUAUUUUAAGCUCAAAAUUAGAAAAUGUUCAAGGUUUGGCGCUUUAUCAGCAACCGUCUGAUACUCUGCAAGAAGAAAUUAAAGAGAAAUUCAUCAAAUUUAAGCCAUUACUUGUUGCCCAGCUUAAAAAGAAAUUCUUUGCCAAGAAGGAAAGAGAAAAAGGGUCAGACGAUCUUUAUAAGAAACAAAUGCAAAUCUGGUUGAAGAAAGUUGAUCGAUUUGAAAAUGCUGCCAAGAAAAAAUCGAAAGAUGUACGUACUAGAGAAUUAUACGAGAAGGUAUUCCCCGAAAUAAAGAGGGUAAGAGAGGAACGAUGUAAUAAUAGAGCUCACACAAGAAGCGAACAUCAAGAAAUUGACCAAAUUAAUGAUGGUGUUCAGGAACAUGAGGAAGAAAUACGGAAACGUAAACAACUGGCCGUAAUACCUCCACUAUUACUUGACGAGCAAGAGCGAAAAUACAAGUUUAUAGAUAACAAUCGUCUGAUUAAGGAUCCUCUAGCAGAAUACAAAAACUCUAAGGGCAAAGACACUGUUUGGACUGAUAAGGAAAAAGAAGUUUUUCGUGAUAGAUUUGUUCAACACCCUAAGAAUUUUGUGAUUAUUUCUCAAUUCCUUGAAAAUAAAACAGUCUCAGAAUGCAUACAUUACUAUUAUAUGUCGAAAAAGACGGAAAAUUACAAACAACUUGUAAGAAAACAUCAGGCAAGGCAAAGAGGAGCAAAAGGGGCUCUGAAGAAACAAGCCGUUAUGAGAGCCGCUCAGUUGGAAAAAGAUCGAUGUGAACAAGAAGCUAAAAAUAAAAGUAAAGAAGAGGCUGUUCCAAUUGUAUUUUCCCGCUCUAAUCGUUCUUCGUUUGUCGAUGUAAAACCAAUGGUUGUUACUGCCGGUUGUGCUGUGCGAUCUUUAGAGAACCAAGAUGAACCUUGUUCUAAUUCCGCACCUCCUUCAAAUAAUGAAAAUAGGGAAAAGAGCAGUAAUAUCCAAUGUGUUGUGUGUAGCACAAAGACUUGUUCGAAUUUCUAUUCUGUAACAAGUGCAAAUCACUCGUCGUAUGGGAUAUCAAGUGAGGCCAUGGAGGAAGCUGUGAAGAGAGAUGGCGAAGUAAAAAUUUGUAAUAAUUGUCGUAUUAGACAACGUAGAAAGUCAUUUGAAUGCCCACUAAUGGCUUGCUCAAGACCAAAAACUAAAGUUAAGAGGCUUAGACCUCUACCUAAUAAGUUAAAAACAGUUGCCGAAGACAUUCGAGACGAUAUAUUUAAAACUUUUGGUAUUACUGAUGGGAUGAAUAAGUGUUGUCAACCUUGCUUUAAUCGUAUUUGUCGACGAUUGGGCACAAAUGAUCCCGAAACGGAAGCAAACCGAUGGACCGAUGAAGAAAUGACAGCAGCAAAGGAAGCACUAAAAGACUUUGGUCGAAAUUGGGCUGCAAUCUCUACCAAAGUAGGCACAAAAAGUGAAGCGCAAUGUAAACAUUUCUUUUUCAACUAUCGUAAAAAAAUGGGCCUCGAUGAUCUAUUGAAAGAGCAUACUGAUAAUAGGAAGACUUCUGUUUGCGAAUCGAAUGCAAGCACUGUAACGGCCAUAAGCGAUAGUGAAAUGCCUAGCUCAGUAGAUGAUGAAAUUGAAGGAAUAAGUGAUGAAACAGCAUCUAUAGCUAGCGUCAGAACUUUGGAAGAAGACAAUUCAAAAUUUCCUGCCGCUGAUAACGACUCAUCAGCAACUUUAAGCGCCGAUGAGAGUUCCCAAGAUGCUGUUUUACCAAAACAUCAACAAGUACCACAACAGCCCCUUCAUUCUCAACAACAUGUUUCUAAAAAUCACUCUGUUAGUGUGAUUCAAAAACCACCAAACCCUGUAAAUUUGGCACAGGAGAAUUUUUUACCGGCAAUCGCCCGCCUACAAACGGCACAACCGUCAGUCAAUGGCGGACUGCAGCAGGCGGGCGAGGACAGAAGACAUUCCCCGGCUUGCGUUCGGGAUCUAAUACAUUCGGCAAUAGAGAGAAAUCUUCACCCCGAUGUUCCCAGAUCAGAUUCAGACGCUACCAAGGAGAACAUCGCUAGAGUACAUCCUAUUACGAUGGCAACCAGCAAUCCAAUGGGAAUAAAUGUUAGCAUAUCAAAUCCACUCUAUCCGGAUUUAUUGGGUCCUCGUCACUAUCGUCCAGAUCCGUUGAAUAGAAAGAAGGAACAGCCUCGAGGUCCCCCACCUCCUGCUCACUCGAAUCACUCAUAUUCAAGGCCUCCCCAUUUUAACAUUCCGCCGAGACCUCAUAUGCCCGUUCCCCCUCCUCUCGUCCAUAACAAUAAUAGACCGCUAAUGGCUGGAGGAAGCAUCAUAUCUGGAACGCCACUCGCCUUUUCUCAAAGACAACGCUUUGAGGGAAGGCCUCCACCACCUGGAUUGGAUGGAUCGGCCGGUUCCAUUAUUAAAGGAACGCCCAUAUGCAAUGAGAAUAUGAAAGGAACACACGGCAAUCAUGAUAUUUAUGAGGUUGCUGCUCCGAAAGCCUACGAUAGACAUCCAUCAAACAAUAGACUAAUACUUCAGAAUGAUUAUGACACAGCUAGACAAAUGGAAAAUAUGAGGACAAGUGCUAAUAUUCGACCUGCGUAUAUUGAUGCUUAUGAUGACCGUGAAAAACCAGUAAAAGUUAAUCGACAUCAGCAGAGUAAAUCACCUCGCUCUGUACCAAUUUCCCAUCAUCACCAGCAUCCACAUCAGCAUCAGCAACAUGCACAGAUGCCGCCCCAACAGUCGCAUCCACCUCAAAAUAACCAAAUGACUGCAGCUAAAUUAAUAGACAUUAUUAUACACAAUCAGAUGACUCAGGAGAAGACGACCAAUUCCCAUACCUUGACUUCUCCUAGGCGUAGAAGGCCGAACGAGUCGGAAAUGAGCAAUUCUAUGCCGGGAAUGACAAGGCCAAAAAGACCGUCUCCGCCGCCUGAUCGGAAAAUAACAACAAUUGGGAAUUAUUUUGAACAGAUCAUUGAGAAUAAAAGUCAAAAGGUUGAAGAAGAUAUGAGAGCUAAUUCUCGAAUUUCUCAAUCAAUGAGAGGCAUCAUUGGUUCACCGCCAGAGGAUCAGAAGCAAUCACAGCUUUCACCCUUUGCCGCCUCGCCGAGACCGUCAUCUAUUUCACCGGCUUCAACGAGCCCUAGAAAUGAAAAAGCUCCUUCCCUGCAAUCUGUGCUAGAUGUGGAUACUCGCCCGAGAAGUUAUAGUGCUGGACCGUGCUCGAAACCAGAAACUAAGAGGCCUUCUCCCGCUGUUUCACCCCAACCAAGAGUACGAGCCAACACUGUGACUGCUCCAUCUCCAGUGGUUAAAAAGCAUCAAAACUUAGCUAACAUGUUGAAUAAAAGUAGUGCCGAUAAUUCUGUAGCAACUUCUCCAGAAGCCGAGAGUCCUGCUUCGAGUCCUAAGAUGAUAAUAGACGAAAGUGCAUCAAAUGAACCACCGAAGCAAGAGGAUUAA